AUGGGGGAACCUCGCGGAAACCAGAGCUUUGCCCCUCCCACUUUCCUCCUCACCGGCAUCCCAGGAUUGGAGGCCACCAGCCUCUGGCUCUCCGUCCCCUUCUGCCUCUUGUACGCGGUGGCCCUCGUGGGAAACAGCGCCGUCGUCCUCGUGGUCGUGAAGGACCGGAGCCUGCACAAGCCCAUGUACUUCUUCCUCUCCAUGCUGGCCAUCAGCGAGCUGGGCGUGUCCCUCUCCACCCUCCCGACCGUGCUGAACGUCUUCCUCUUCUACGCCAGGGAGAUCGGGAGGGACGCCUGCUUCGCCCAGAUGUUCUUCAUCCACUGCUUCUCCAUCAUGGACUCGGGAGUCCUCUGGGCCAUGGCUCUGGACCGCUUUGUCGCCAUCUACAACCCCCUCCAGUACGCCGCCAUCCUAACCCACUCCCGGAUCGUCCUGAUAGGCCUGGGGAUUGCCGUGAGGAGCGUCCUCCUCCUCCUCCCUCUGCCCGUCCUCUUGAGACGGCUGCCCUUCUGCCGGUCCAAGGUGCUGGCUCACCCCUACUGUCUGCACCCCAAUUUAAUCCGGCUCCCCUGCGCCGACACCAGGGUCAACAGCGUCUACGGACUCUUUGUCUUGCUGUCCACUUUUGGGCUUGACGCCUUGUUCAUCAUCCUCUCCUACACAAUGAUCGUCAAGACGGUGCUGAGCAUUGCCUCCAAGGAAGGGCGGCUCAGGGCUCUCAACACCUGCGUCUCCCACAUCUGCGCCGUCGUGGUCUAUUACACCCCAAUGAUGGGCGUGUCGAUGGUGUACCGGUUUGGGAGGCACGCUUCUCCCGUGCUGCACGCCCUCAUGGCCCACCUCUACCUCCUGGUGCCUCCCGUCCUGAACCCCAUCAUCUACAGCAUCAAGACCAAGGAGAUCUUCAAGGCCUUUGAAAGGCUCUUCUUUCCAAAGAAGUUCUGA